AUGAUAGGUCCUAAAGAUGUCUACCGCCGAGAAUGCGAGGCUCUUGAUAUUAUACCAAAUAGUGGAUUGCUCCGUAUGUUACCAGAUACCACUGUACAGAUAGAAGGUGUAAGCGUGAUGCACUUUGGACGUAAUUAUCUUGGUGAUCGUGGCAUUCUUCCGCUACUCGAGGUGAUUAUACAAGCCAAAUCUCUACAUACACUCAAUCUACGUGAUAACGGAAUAGGAAAUGAUGGUGUUCGGGCACUUUGUCGUGCAUUGCGUCAUCAUCCUUCUUUACGGGUAUUAGAAUUAAGUGGUAACCCUUUUACCUAUUUGGCAGCCCGACAGUUAGUUCAUUUAUGUGAAGAUAGUGAUACGAUUACCUUUAUUGGAAUGGAGAAUACACUUAUGACAGAGCCGCUUAGAGUAAGCAUUUUACAUCGUCUGGAAAAAGCUUUGAAACAUCGUGAAGAUAGGAGAUUUGUAUCUACUGCACGAGAAAUUUAUGCUAAUAGUCCUGCUAUUGCUGGUCUUAAUACAUCUGCUGUGGGUCCAGCUGUUAAUUCUUCUUCUUUUGGUAGUGCUACUUCAACACCAAUAGCAGCAUCACAUGUUACUCCUAUUAUCGCAGAGGAUGAAAGUGUGAUACGCAAGUUAUCUGGUUUAGCCGCGGUUGAUCCUGCUUCAUUGUUUCCCCAACGAAACUCCCGUAAUAAUUUUUUAUCUGGUGAAAUGAAGGGUGAAAAUUCACUUACACAAAAUGAAAAAAGUGGAGCAAACUCAAUACAUUCUUUACAACGUCCACCACUUGCUACUCCACCUUCGCAAGAGCUAAAAACCGCCGUUCCUGAAUGGUUUGAUAUGGAUGACGACAGCGAUGGGGCAGAUAAUGUAGAAGUGGAAAUAGAUCAAGUAUAUGAAGAUGAGCCAAUGGAUGAUCCAGUGUCUCAGUUACAAGAGGAUAUGGGAUCAGUUACUGAACCAUUAUCUACUACAGUAAAAGAAGAAACUGUACGCUCGUGUGGGGAUUCAUCUGUUGCUUUGCCUCCUCUAGGGGAGGAGAGAUGUACGGAUUCUGUACCAGAUGCUGAUACUUUAAAACCAUCUUCGGUUGUUAAUGAUCCUGCAAUGGAUUGGUAUAACGAGGGUGAAGAAGGAGAGAAGAAGCAGGAAGAGCAGAUGAAUAAAUCAGAGAAAAAGGAUUUUCUUGAUCUUCUCUUUGGUGACGAUGGCAAUUGA